AUGAGGGAAUUCCUAAAACUUUAUGCUUUCUUCAGCCUUUUCUAUGUUGUCCAAUCGUUCAACCAAAGAGGAAAUCUCCUUCUUCACGAAGAGCCAGCCAAAGCCCAUCCGGUCAUCCGGGCUUUCACAACUGGCACAACUUUCAUUUUUGCAAUCCCAAACUCUCAUAUUGGCGUCAACGACACGAGCUACACAGAGGAGAUAACUUUAAUCGUGACAAACUAUGACACUGUCAACCCAGCCACUGUCACCGUUAGCACCCCAUCGGCAGUCUUUAAAACAACCACUUUCACCAUAGCUCCACUGCAGAAUUAUCGGUUCUCGGUCCCAGCAGAAAUCCAAGUCGGCUAUAAAAGGGAACCAAAGAAUGAAUGGUUUUACUCGAGUCAAAGCAUUUAUCUGACAGCUGACACAAAGGUUUCCCUUGUGGCUCAAAAUCUCGCCUCAGACUCGAUUUCUGGUGGAAUGUUCGUCGUUUAUCCGACUUGCACACUUGGUCAGAGCUAUCGAACGGUGGGCGACGACACAAGCCGGUUCCCCGUCAGAAAUGAUUGGUCGAUCAUCGCCACGCAGGACAAUACUGCGAUCACUGUCAACCCGCCACUCUUCGGUCAAACUAGUUUCUCUUUGAAUGCCGGUCAGAUCUUGGUCUUCUCAUCCAAUGAUUUUUCCAACGUAAAUACUCAAAUCAUCGGCAACUUUCCGAUCGCGAUGGUUGUGGGCACGGCUUGCGGCCUCGGCUACUACAGUAACAAAUUAUGUAACUAUGAGGCAUCCAUGUUGUUCCCAGUUCCUGCUGGCACCGCUUUCCCAUUCACGCAAUUUAUUUCCGAAGACCCAGGAGAGGGGCAGCUGCUCAUUCUUGCACAGGACAACGACACUUUGGUCUUUUCGAAUGGACGAGCCAUAUCGACGCUUGAUGCUUUCGGAUAUGCCAGUUUCCUAGUGACUGAUGUGUACAUCACGACAAACAAACCAGUUUAUGCGUUCGCUUUCUCGUCGAUGCGCCAAGACGGUCAAGGUUCCCCAUUCCUUGUUCACAUCCCUGCCGUUUCCCAAUUCACCAAUCAAAGCUACAUUCAAGUGACAACAGGGUUGAAAUCAAAGCAAGGUUGGGCUGAACAACAUUUCAUUCGUCUUGAGACUGAAAUGACGGCCACUCAAAGCAAGUCAAAACUAUCAAUUGAUGGCUCUCCAGUCUCUCCAUCGCUUUUCCAAAGACAAGGAACCUCAAACAUUUACAUGGUCGACUACCCAAUUUCCCCGGGAACACACACAAUUGAGACGAUCGAUCCAGCGGUGAAAUACGCGGCGAUUGUCUACGGAUUUAUGCAAUUCAUAGCCUACGCUUAUACUCCAGGCAUCGAUCUUCCAACAUUUGGCAAUUGU